AUGCCAUUUUUAGAAAUAGCGUUUCAAGCGGAAAUUAGUAGAUUUGAAGAUGCAGAUUUCGAAGACACUGCCCGACGUACCUGUAAUGAGGAUCCGAAAACUAGGCAUAUUGCCAUCGAGGAAUUGAGGAAUAUGAUAUAUCAGAGAGGUGAAUGUCAUCCGCGGCGAACAGAUGACGCGUAUCUCCUACGUUUCCUGAGAUGUCGAAGAUUUAUUCCGGCUCUAGCGCAUAAAUUGAUGGUCCGCUAUGAAGACUUUCGUUCUAAAAACAUGUAUUUGUACCAAUGCAAUGCAUUUGAUUUACAUCGUGUUAAAGGCGUGUAUGGGGGAACACUGCCGGAAAGCCCUGUCCACGGCAGGAUAACACUUAUGAGAUUUGGUCGGUGGGAAUCAGAAACCGUACCAAUAGUAGAUGUAGUGCGAAGUGCUCUCCUUAUGAAUGAAAUAGGAUUAAUGCAGCCAAAACUACAAAUCAUAGGAGUCACCGUAAUAGUUGAUUUGGAAGAACUUAGUUUACGCCGCCAUGUGAGACACCUCACACCGACCAUAGCUCAUCAAAUCGUUAGUUUAAUGGGGGUGUCGUUCCCCAUACCAAUCCACGCACUCCACAUAGUUCGAUACAAUUGGAUCCUAAACACUUUCUUCUACAUAUUCAAGCAGUUUAUUCCCGCAGCAGCGUGGGAUCGCCUUCAUUUCCAUGGAUACGAUAUGGCCUCCUUACAGAAGCAUAUAGACCCUAUACAUUUACCCCCGGAAUAUGGGGGAAGAUGUGACCAUGUGAUUUCAUUUGAAGAGUGGGUGAAAAAAGUCGAUAGAUAUAAGGAUGAUUUUUUGGUACAAGAGCUAAGGGCACUUGGUUUUACGGUUAACAGU